UAAAUCAGGCAAGUAGCUAUAUAAAUUGUCAACAAAGUUACAUUUGAUUAUAUGUAAGUGGUUUGUUAUACUGCAAUUAAUCAAUCGAAAACAUUAUGUUCAAAGCGGUGAUUCUUUUCGCUCUCUUGGCUUUAGCCGCUGCAGUUCCUGCUCCAGAGCCUGAAGCAAAUCCAGAACCCAAACCAUCUCCGAAAGCCGAUCCAUCUAUUAUUGCGGCUGCUCCAGUAGUGGCUGCUUACAGCGCCCCUGUGGUUGCUGCUCCAGCUUACUCAUACGCGUACUCUUCGUACGUUGCUGCACCAGUUGCUUACGCUGCUCCCUACGCAUAUCCUGCUGCAUAUUCUGCACCCCUUGUUUACGUAUAACGCAAUGACUGUUGAAUAAACGAUAUGUGUUAAUUAAAAAAUUGUUUCAUU